AUGAUGCUAUCCAACCCCGCUGUCAUGGUCUUGGGGCGGGAUCCGAGCCACCGUAGAUGCAGGAUUAACGGCUACGCCUUCCAGCAGGACGCUAUUGUCUCGUUCAAAGGUUGGCAGUAUGCCACUUUCUACAGUUUCCUCCAAUCGGACGCGCCCUCAGACCCUCUCUACAUCCAUCUCGCUCGAAGGCGGUUAUCCUCUGAACAAUGGGAGGUGCUGGUGUUUCGCGACUACCCGCAGACUGCAGACGAUGGCCACAACACGGUCCAGAUGGGCAUCUGCCCCGGAGACGGCACGAUACAUCUUUCGUACGACCACCACUGUGAUGUACUGAGAUACCGGUAUUCUGUGCGCGGGCUUGCCAGCAAUCCUGAUAAAUUCGAAUGGAGUUCCUCGCUUUUCAGUCCGACCCUAGAUUACCUCCCAGGGCUUCCGUCGACUCAUCCUCACUUCGGAUAUGUGACCUACCCACGGUUCGGGUCCAUGGGCGAAGACAUGUUUUGCUCCUUCCGCGACGGUAAGGCUGGGCUCGGCAACGACCACCUGUACCUUUACCGCGGCAGUACAGGCCAGUUCACCUAUGCCGGCGCCCACCUGACAGGUAUCCAGAGCAACCCCUACGUCCAUGGCAUGGAGUACAGGAAUGGCAGGUUCCAUGUCACCUGGGUAUACCGCGGGUUUGUCCCCUAUGAGGGCUGGGAUGACCCCCUGGAUAUGAAGCACAAGCAGCAGGCAGGUCCUAAUGGUGCCGAGAACAACCACAACAUUUGCUAUGCGUACAGCGAUGACAAGGGCUACACUUGGAAGAACGGCGCGCACCAGGUUGUUGCGGAUCUCAAGAAUGGGGGAACCAUUACCAACGAUGCAGAGGGCAUCGUUGCGUUUGAGAUUCCAAAGCACUCUGGGCUCACAAAUCAAGAGGCCCAAGCGAUCGACAACGAAGGUGGCGUCCACGUCCUGAACAGAGAUACCACAGACGGUGGCGAUCAUCCGACAUGGAAACACUACUAUAGGUCUCCUGCUGGGAAGUGGACCCAGAGACCAAUACGACCUGUGAGUGGCAACAGUCGUGGGCGGCUGGCGGUGAGCAAAUCAGGUGAUCUCUUUGUUAUCCUCCCGAACACCGCGGCGUCCGAAAUGCAUAUCCUGAAGGCUUCGAAGGCGAGUGGCUAUGCCAGCUACGACGAGGUUUGGAAGGGGCAUGGCUUGACGGGCGAACCCCUUGUCGACCUUGCCAGGCUGGAGCAUGGCAAUGUCCUGUCUCUGCUGGUUCUUGUGGAAGGUGAGGGGGGCUCUCGGGAGCGAAAUGUUGCGGUUCUGGAUUUCCAGCUGUAG